ACAGAGAGAGAGAGAGAGAGCCUGUGUGUAUCCAGGCUGACGUGAAACAUCCGUCAUACAUUCACAGCGAGGAGUAGAAGAACCGCGGACAUUACAAUCAUACGCUAAAGCGGGAACCUAAAAUAAAGUGUAUUAUGUUUUACGGCUUUCCCCUGUAGCUCCCUCGCUCUCUCUUGAUGCAGCAAGGUGACGCAGCGCCCGUUCGCCAGCGAACCAGGUGGAGAGACCGGUGACGGAUAUUGCGGCAGUCAGCCCACACACAACUAGACAGCUACCAAGGGAUUACACGGAAUAACGGCUUUCGGUGUCACUGUAGUUUAUAUGUGUGUGGAAACCGGGUCUCUGUGGACUAGAGUAGUAGUAUUAGUAUUAAUAGUAUUAUGUGUCGCUGUUUACAAUGACGACGAAGCGAAAGUCAGCCAAGCUCCAGCUGCGCCGGUCGAUCAGCGAGCAGCUGCGGGACUCCACGUCCAAGGCUUGGGAUCUACUGUGGAGGAAUGUCCGGGAGAGGCGCUUGGCAGAGAUCGAGGCCAAGGAGGCUUGUGAUUGGCUGAGGGUUGCAGGGUUCCCACAGUACGCCCAGCUGUACGAAGACUCCCAGUUUCCUAUAGAUAUCUCGUCAGUAAAGAUGGACCAUGACUUCUUGGACAGAGACCUGGUGGAACCGCUGUGUCGACGCCUCAACACCCUGAACAAGUGUUGCUCCAUGAAACUAGACGUCAGCCACCCCAGGAAGAAAACUGACGAUUCAGACGACGAUGACACGCUGGCCAUCAGUAAGAGAUGGACCUUUGAGUGGAACAGCCGGCGCUGGUCCCGCCUCCAGGACAUGCACUUCCCGCUGGGCUCGCCCAAUGAGAGCAGCCCUGAGGGGUGCCAGGGCGAGGGGGAGGGGCUGCUGAGGAGCACGGUGAGCAGCGAGAGCGUCCUGACGGAUCUCAGCGAACCAGAGAUCACGGAUGUAUCCUCUCUUCACAGCCAAGACUCUCUGGGGGCCAUGCUGCCUGACUCGGUCUCUAUGGCAUCGCUGGCAGGGCCCUACCAGCCUCCGAGGGACAUGUCCCACUACAACUCUCUACCAAUCAAAAGCAGCCAUCAUGGCCAGGGUGGGCGUAGUCCGGCGAAGGCCUUCCUGCGUCGCAUGGAGAUGAUGCGUACGUGGGGGCCGUCCUCCAGGAGGAAGUCAGGAAGUGGACAGGCACCACUGGUCAUCAGUGGGCCGGUCUUACAGGGGGAGGAGCCCCAGGCGCUACAGACACUCCACUGUGUCCCCAUCAACCAAUCAGAUGGCAGUCCUCAUCCGCUCCAUCAAUCAGACAACAGCACGUCCCCUGUUGCCCAUGGAGACGGCAGCGAGGGCCAGUCAGAGACGAGCAGUGAGAGUUCCAUGAGUCCCUGUGUGAGACAGAGAGUCUCCAAGCCCCGGCCUAAAAGAGGAAGUGUUUACCUAGAAGACAUGGAGCUGCUCUCUGGCGCCCCCCAUGGCCGGAGGACUGAAGCACAACAGAGCCCGUUCGGCAGGAACCACAUCCGCUCAUACGAGGACCUGCUUGUCCACAUCCCCAAGGACCACAAACCAGGCACCUUCCCCAAAGCCCUGUCUAUAGAGAGCUUAGCCCCGGCCACUGACCACUACCACCACCAGACCCCCUCUCCCUCCCCACUCCACCCCAGCCAAGGCUCCCCCUGGGCGGGCACGGCUCCACGGGGCAGCAGGGUGAGUGUGUAUGACAAUGUCCCCGGGUCUCACCUGCUGGAUCUGGACCGAGGUGACAACCUGUUCCCCCACCUGGAUGACAUCAUCAGUCACGUCAGCGGCCUGCAGCAGAUUGUAGACCACUGGAGUCGCAGCGUGCUGCCGGAGGGGAAGAAGGAGGAGGAGGCGGGAGAGGCUGGGGAGGGAGACAGGGUCUCCCUGAAUGAUAAGGAGGGUGAGGAGGAGGGGGGAGAGGGGGAGAGAGAUGAUACGGACCCUACAGGGACCAGAGAGAGGAGAGACUCCGGAGUAGGAGCUUCCCUUACCAGACCACGUGUGCGGUGGCCGAGCUUCCGCCCGUCUGACCGUCUGAGCCAAUCAGGCUCCUCGCUGCAGAUCAGUACCCAAUCAGCUGUCCAGCUCAGCCUGCUCCAGAAGUUCUCUCUGCUCCGACUCACAGCCAUCAUGGAAAAAUACUCCAUGUCUGAUAAACACGGCUGGACCUGGUCUGUCCCUAAGUUUCUGAAGCGUAUGAAGGUUGAAGACAAUAGAGAGAAGGGUGUGUUUGGGGUUCCCUUCAUAGUCCACACACAGCGCUGUGGUUACCCUCUGCCCCUCUGUCUGCAACAGGCCCUGAGUCAUCUCAGAACGCACUGCCUUGACCAGGUGGGUCUGUUCCGUAAGUCAGGUGUAAAGUCUCGUAUCCAGGCGUUGAGACAGGAGUGUGAGUCCAGUCCUGACAGUGUGUGUUACGAGGACCAAUCAGCAUACGACGUAGCAGACAUGGUUAAACAGUUCUUCAGAGACCUGCCUGAACCUCUACUGACCAGCAAGCUGGGAGAGACCUUCCUGCAUAUAUACCAGUACGUCCCUAAUGAGCAGAGGUUGCAGGCCGUGAGGGCGGCCAUCUUGCUGAUGUCAGACGAGAACAGGGAAGUGCUCCAGACGCUGCUCUGCUUCCUGCGUGAUGUCACUUCCUGUGUAGAGGAGAACCAGAUGACCCCUAUGAACCUGGCUGUGUGUCUCGGCCCCUCCCUGUUUCACCUCAACAUAUUGAAGAAUGACAACCUGUCCCCCAGGUCCAUCCAGAUGAAGUAUGCUACCGGUCGGCCAGACCAGAAGGACCUGAAUGAGAACCUUGCUGCCACACAGGGCCUAUCUCACAUGAUCACUGAGUGCCAACGCCUGUUCGAGAUCCCACUGGAGACGGUGAGCCAAUCCUGUAACUCUUACAUGGAGUCUGAGUUACUAGCGCCCCCUCUGGACGACCUGUGUAAGACACAUGAGGAGGAGGAAGAGGAGGAGGAAGAGGAGGAGGAGGAAGGAUCCUACCACACACAUGUGGAACGACUGGUGCAGGGCCUACUAAAGGAUGCCAGAGACAGGAGCAAAGGAUGGGUGUCUCGGUCCACCACCGACCACACUGAACUGGCCUUCAAAAAGAUGGCUGAUGGUAACCCCCUGCGGCGGUGGCGUGUGUCUGUGGAGGUGUGUGCCCAGCCCAGUGAGGUGUUGGAGAGGCUGCUGAGGCAGCGCCCACUGUGGCAGACAGACGUACUGCAGGAGAAGGUUCUGGAAACCCUGGACAGACAGACAGACAUCUACCAGUACAGCCUGCAAAGCAUGGCACCACACCCCAAGACUGACUAUGUGGUACUGAGGUCAUGGCGUAGUGAUGUGUCUAAGGGUUGCAGUGUGUUGGUGUGUGUGUCUGUGGAUCUAGAGGACAGUCCAGCCCUGGCUGCAGUCAGAGGGGUAGUUCUAGAGUCCCACUACCUUCUGGAAUCCUGUGGAACCGGCAGGUCCAGACUCACACACAUCUGCAGGGUUGACCUGAAGGGCAGGUCUCCAGAGUGGUACAACAAGGCUUUCGGUCACCUGUGUGUCUCUGAGGCCCAGAGGAUCCGUUCCUCCUUUCUCCCUCCAGACCCCCCAGGCCCUGAGACCAAGAUCUGAACCCCAGGAAUAGGGCCUGAGGCUGGGCUACACCACCAGGGAGCAUGGCCCCACGGACCAGAGGACCAGAGAGACGUCACUGUAAAAUCAAGGAGAACAGGAGGGCUAGAACAAUGGACCUAGUAUCUGGAACAAUAGGGCUAGAUCCAUGGAACUAGAACCAGGGACCUAGAACCUUGGAAGCAUGGCCCUAGAUUCAUGGUUCUAGAACCAAGAACAAGGUGGGCUAGAACCAUUCACCUAGAAAAAAGAGUGAUAGAUCCAUUGUUCUAGAACCCUGGAACAAAAGGGCUAGAUCCAUGGAACUAGAACCAGGGAACAGAGGAAGUAUGGGGGAGGACUAGGUGGACAUAGAACUAGGAACCAUGUUUCUGGGUUCUGAAACCACAGAACCAGGGAAUGGAGAGAGCCAGGCAAAAGCUCUCUGGAGCCUGUGACCAGGGAACAACGGCGAUUAAGAACUCAGAAUCAGGGACACGGAACGAUCCAGAAGUUGGAACAUGGAAUACGGAAUGAUCUAGAACUUUGAACCAGGGACACCGAACAAUCUAGAACUUGGAACCAGGGACACUGAACAAUCUAAAACUUGGAACCAGGGAUGUUGAACAGUCUAGAACUUGGAACUAGGGACACUGAACAAUCUAGAGCUUGGAACCUGAACAAUCUAGAACAGGGGUGUCAUACAUACGGCCCGCCGGUCCAAUCUAAAACUUGGAACCAGGGACACUGAAAAAUCUAGAACUUAGAACCAGGGAUAUGGAACAAUCUAGAAUUUAGAACCAGGGAUAGGGAACAAUCUAGAACUUAGAACCAGGGAUAUGAACGAUUUAGAAUUUAGAACCAGGAAUAUGGAACAAUCUAGAAUUUAGAACCAGGGAUAUGAAUGAUCUAUAAUUUUAAAACCAGGGAUAUGGAACAAUCUAGAAUUUAGAACCAGGGAUAUGAAUGAUCUAUAAUUUAGAACCAGGGAUAUGGAACAAUCUAGAAUUUAGAACCAGGGAUAUGGAACAAUCUAGAAUUUAGAACCAGGGAUAUGGAACAAUCUAGAUUGAACUUGAAGACAGCUCUGGUUCCUACGGCUUCAUCCCUGCUCUCAGCAUCAGCAUCACUGUCCUUUUAAACUACUAUCAUUAUUAUUCAUAGUAUUAUUAAUAUCAUCCAUAUUAUCUGUGUUCAUUAUAUUAUCUAUUGUAUUGUUAAUAUUUGUUAUUUUAAUAUUAUGAUGUCAUCAUUGUUGUAUAAUCGUUGCUUUUGUUAUGCUGUUAUACAAUGUCUAGGACAUUUACCCAUUUCAGUGCUUCUGGGAAGCAUGUCUGUAACUUAACUGUGUGUGUGUGUGUGUGUGUGUGUGUGUGUGUGUGUGUGUGUGUGUGUGCGUGUGCCCCGCAAGUGCGCGCACGCAUGCGCAUGUGUGUAUGUGCGUGUGUGUGUGUGUGUGUGUUUUAGAUAGUCUGUACACAGUGUAAAUUACGCCGCUCUCUGUUCCAGCAGAUGAAACAGCUCUCAUUGCCCAUCGGAUCCUUAUCAUAUUGAUAUGCUGAUGUGUGGGUAAUAAUAUGAUGACGUGUGCUAAAGCAGCACUGUAACUGUACUUAACAUAUGGCUUGCUCUACCAUGCCGUUACCAUGGGGUUACUAAACUGAUGUAUAAUGCUAUACUGUAUUGCCAUGGUAGUGUUCGUCGCCAUGACGAUACCAUGGCGUUAGUGUGGUGUAGGGGUUGCCAUGGGGUGUUGCAAUGGCAUUACCACGGUGUUACCAUGGCACGGGCUAAACUGUAACGUUGUUAUGGUAUCGCCAUGCUCUGUGAGUGAGUGCUGUUUGCGUGAGAACAGUUUAAACUUGAUUCUGACGUGAGCCAAAGAGGAUUAUGGGUAAAUGUGUUCUGUCUCCAAAUUUAGCUGAAGAGCUCAGAGGAGAGGACAACACGUUGGCUAAAACCAGGCUUUAACUUAGCCUGGUCCCAGAUCUGUUUGUGCUGUCUUGACAUCUCCUCUUUACCAUUGUCUUCCGACAGGUGGCUUCAUUCCUACAUCACAUGCAUUCUUCAACCGAUCAGUGCAGACAGAAUCAUUUAGACAGACAGAACCGAUCAGUGCAGACAGAAUCAUUCAGACAGACAGAACCGAUCAGUGCAGACAGAAUCAUUCAGACAGACAGAACCGAUCAGUGCAGACAGAAUCAUUCAGACAGACAGAACCGAUCAGUGCAGACGGAAUCAUUCAGACAGACAGAACCGAUCAGUGCAGACAGAAUCAUUCAGACAGACAGAACUGAUCAGGGCAGACGGAAUCAUCUGACAAAAGGCAAUGCCUUAUCGGAGUUGGUAAGACGGCACAACCAGAUCUGGGACCAGGCUAAGGCCAAUGACAACAGGACCAGAUCUGGGACCAGGCUAAGGCCAAUAACAACAGGGUGGAACAAACAGUACAAGGCUGUUUGUUUCUAUAGAGGUGAAUAAAACCUAUGAAAAUAUA